AUGCUGGCCGCGCUGGGCUCCCUGGCUUCUGCCCUCUGGGCAGGGCUCCAUCUCCGGACUCUCCUGCUGGGUGCUUUCUUCUUUCUGUUCUUUGUUGAUUUCCUCAAAAGCCGGCGUCCAAAAAACUAUCCUCCAAGGCCUCCAAGGCUGCCUUUCUUAGGCAACUUCUUUCAACUGGAUAUUCAACAGCCACAUGAGACCCUCCAGAAGCUUAUGAACAAAUAUGGAAACCUGUUUAGUGUGGAGUUUGGGCACUUCUCAACUGUUUUAGUAAGUGGAAUGCCUCUAAUCAAAGAAGUACUGACACGCCCAGACCAAAGUCUUUUGAAUCGCCCAUUGAUGCCUAUCCGAGAGCGCAUCUUUAAGAGGAAUGGUUUGAUUAUGUCCAGUGGCCAAGAGUGGAAGGAACAAAGAAGGUUUGCCCUGACGACACUUAGGAACUUCGGUUUAGGAAAGAAGAGCUUAGAAGAACGCAUUCAAGAAGAGGCCCGCUAUCUCACUGAUGCAAUACAGGAGGAGAAAGGACAGCCUUUUGACCCUCACUUCAAGAUCAACAAUGCAGUUUCCAAUAUCAUUUGUUCCGUUACAUUUGGGGAGCGCUUUGAGUACGAUGAUACUCAAUUUCAGGAGCUGCUGAAAUUGCUGGAUAAAGCCAUACAUCUAGAAUCUUCAUUGUGGUGUCAUCUCUACAAUAUCUUUCCAUGGAUAAUGAAAUUUCUUCCUGGAUCUCACCAAACAGUUAUUAAAUACUGGGAAAAAUUGAAAAUGUUUGUUAUUCAAGUGAUUGAAAAUCACAGGAGAGAUUGGAAUCCUGAUCAACCCAGAGACUUCAUUGAUGCGUACCUCAUGGAAAUGGCAAAGCACUUGGAACAAAAUGAUGAAAAAGUACAAGCUGAAAUUGACAGAGUACUUGGCCAGACCCAGCAGCCCAGCAUGGCCAACAGAGACCAAAUGCCCUACACUAAUGCUGUCAUCCAUGAGGUACAAAGGAUGGGCAACAUCAUCCCCUUGAAUGCCCCCAGGGAAGUGGCAUUUGAUACCACUCUGGGUGGAUAUGACCUGCCAAAGGGGACCAUGGUCAUGACCAAUCUGACUGCACUUCACAGAGACCCCAAAGAGUGGGCCACCCCUGACACAUUCAAUCCAGAGCACUUCCUGGAGAAUGGACAGUUUAAGAAAAGAGAAUCCUUCAUGCCCUUUUCAAUAGGAAAACGCGUUUGCAUUGGAGAACAGCUGGCCAGAGCUGAGCUGUUUAUCUUCUUCACUUCCCUUGUACAAAAAUUUACCUUUAGGCCCCCAGCCAAUGAGAAGCUGAGUCUGAAGUUCAGAACAGCCAUCACCCUCUCUCCUGCCAGUUACCGCAUCUGUGCUAUUCCUCGAGCCUGA